AUGACACCAUCCUCUUCUCUAUCCAACAAUCAUCAAUCCCAUAAUAAUAUCCAAUCAGCCAUCGCCGAUUCGUUUACUCUCCGAAAACUGCAGACAUGGGAUCGAUUGGCAGUGGAGACUCUAUGCAAUGAAUCCUUCCCGAUACAGUAUCCAGACUGUUGGUACGACGAGGUGGUGUCCGGUGGUCUGACGUCAACUGGACUAUUCGAUGGAGAGCAUCUCGCUGCGAUGAUUGUCUCGGAGACGAAAUGUUUGAGUGAUUGUAAUAUUGAGGAUCAAGACAUCGUUGCGGAGACGAAUGUGCAUGUCACCUACAUUCUCUCGAUCGCUGUGAACAAGAAAUUUCGACGGAUGGGUCUCGCGACGAGACUUCUCAACAACCUAAUGCAAUCGCUCACCGACAAUCCACCCUUCACUCGUGCCGUAUUCCUUCACGUUCUCUCGACGAACUCCGCCGCUCUCUCGUUCUAUCGAAUGCACGGAUUCGAGUUUCACGCUUCAUUGCGUGAUUACUACAAAAUCGGCGAGGAAUACGCGGACGGUUGUACCUAUGUGAAGUAUAUCAAUGGAGCACACGCGUCGGCCGUCUCGUUUUCCGAUAUCUGCAAAACGUUCGGAAACACAAUUUGUAUGCCGUUGAAAGCCGUCUGCAAAAUGCUCUCGUUUUAG